UUCGUCAAUUUUUCCGAGGAAUACCCCCACAACCCGAGCCCCCUACUGCUCCUACUUUCCAUUUCGACAGAAUCAUAUUGGCAAAGAACCACGCCACCAUCAUGGACAGUAUCUGAGAGAUUGCUAGUCGUCAAACUGUACCAGUUUGCGCGUUGAAAAUUCGCGUGAGCAAAUAAAUAAAUAAUUUCGCGAGGUGAAGUGAAUCUCUGGAAGGGCAAGAUGCCGGUACAGGUCACAACCUCCAAGAUGCACCCCUUCAUCGACGGCCUCAAGAAGCUGCCCGAUAGGAAGAAGGAGCUGCAGAGGGUUAGGGCAUGGCUUCUGACCCAACCCCAUCUCCCGGACAUCUCAGACGAGUACAUCUUCCUGUUCCUCCACUCCUGCUUCUACUCCGUGGACAGGACCAAGGUUUGCAUCGAGAACUACUUCACCAUCAGGAGUACCUCACCCUUACUUUUCGCCGGCAGGAACGUCUACGACCCCAAGCUACAAGCGAUGCUGAGACUAGCGCAUCUGGCUAGACUGCCUAAAUUGACACCGGAGGGCUACAGGGUGUUGAUGUAUUCCCUGAGAGACCCAGAUCCCACCAAGAUGGUCUUCAAUGACGCCGUGAAGGGUUUCUGCAUGUACAACGAUUGUAUAAUCUCCGAAGAUGGUCUUCAAGAAGGAUACGUGAUAAUUUUCGAUAUGAAAGGAGUCUCCAUAGGUCAUUUGGCGAGAGUCAGCCUGCCGGCUCUACGAACCUUCAUGAUCUACAUACAGGAAGCACAUCCGGCGAGGCUGAAGAGUAUACACGUCUUGAACACAGCAUCUUGGGUGCAUCACGUUAUGCGGAUUGUCCUACCGAUGGUCAAAUCUGAAAUGCUGAGUCUUUUGAAGUUUCACAAAGGAAACACCCCUGAGGGAAUCCCCCUGGAACUACUACCGAUGGACUACGGCGGCGAGGCCCCCACCAUGCAAGACCUGGACGAAGAGGUCAAGGGAAUGGUGGACAAAUACGCCUUGUGGCUCAAGGAAACGGAGCUGUUCAAGACGGACGAGUCCAAGAGGAUCAAGAAGACCUCUUGGUGGGGCUUCUUGACCGGCAGCAACUCCAAGAGUUCGGAGAACAUGGACGAGAAGACGUUCCUCAAGAACUUACAGAUAGAUUGAUUGAAGGGGGUGGAAAAAAAGCCAUAAGUCUCAUUUUGUACAUAGUUGAUCAUCUUUGUUGCAGUCAUUGUUAAUAUUAAGGAGAGUUCAUAGGUCGAUUGAAUGGUGUAUCUGUUUGAUUACUUUGUGGAAUACGGUUUUUCUCAUCUUUAUGUGUUGAAUAUUUGUUAGUUUUUCCGAGUGUGAUUAACAAAUUUGAACAACUGA